UACGGACAUCCUAACCUUUUAAAUUAAACUUGGUUAUUGUUUUGUAUAUUAAUAUACCCAAAACAACAUACAGUUUAGUGAAGUUAAGUGACAAAAUGUGUGUAGACAGCAAAUCAGAGCAUAGCAGCACCACUGAUGACGACAGUGAAAUAUUGGCGAGCGAUACGAACUACCAACCGUUGAACUCGAAUCACAGGGAAAAGGAGAAAAAGUGGUCGCGCAGAGGAUUGCUGGCUCAGACUUUUGUCACGGGUGCAGUGAUGUUGAGCUCGGCCAGCUGCGGCAUGCCAGUUGGAUAUUCAGCUGUUUUGUUGCCUCAAUUGAAAAUAGCUAACGAUACCAUGCAAAUCGACGACGAAAUGGGCAGUUGGAUUGCGAGUGUUCAUUCAGCUGCCACGCCUUUUGGCUCACUGCUAAGCGGCCUACUCAUGGACCGCUGCGGUCGAAAAUUAGCCUUACAAAUUGCCUCGAUGCCUCUCAUAUUGGGAUGGAUCCUAAUAGGCCUUGCCAACAACCACGGCCUGCUUUUAUUGGGUCGUUUGGUAGCCGGACUAUCCGCAGGACUAACUGCAGCAGCGGGCCAAGUCCUUAUUGGCGAAAUUUCGGAACCCCAUCUAAGAGGAAUAUUCUCGAGUGUACCAUUUGCCAGCUAUUCCUUUGGAAUACUUAUAGUAUAUGCACUGGGUUCCUUGGUGCAAUGGAGAUAUGUAGCAGGUAUAUGCACGGUACUGCCUCUGGUGUCAAUUUUGAGUUUUUUCUUUCUACCGGAGAGCCCUGUAUGGCUGGCCAGGCACGGAAAAAUUGAUCAAGCCAGGAAAGCAUUGGUUUGGCUGAGAGGAAAAAAUGUUUUACAGGCAAACAAAGAAACAGAACACCUCUUGGAACGCAUGAAGCAUGAAAAACUUCAAGAAUCCCAAACAACGUACCGCGUUUUCUUUAAAAAAGAAGUCAUUAAACCUUUCAUAAUAAUCAACAUUUUCAACGUACUACAAAUUCUAUCGGGGACAUACCUGAUAGUAUUCUACGCUGUAGACAUACUAAGCCACAUACAAACCAACGAAAUAGACCAUUUUUUGGCCGCGGUACUAACCGCCGGUAUGAGAUUUAUUUUCACCAUUAUCGCCAGUAUUUUGUUGGUUUUCAUGGGCAGACGCACCAUAGCUUUAACAUCAGGAAUUGGCACUACACUAUCAGCACUUUGCCUAGGAGUCCUACUACUGCAAAACUGCUCUACAAACGCGUACAUAAGCGCCGUUUUGGUGCUAACUUACGUAGCAACAAACACCUUGGGAUUCAUGAUACUCCCCGGAGUCAUGUUGGCGGAACUUUUCCCCGCCAAAGUCCGGGGCCUAGCCGGCGGUUUCACGUUCAUGACUUUUAAUUUGGUGUUAUUCGUAAUCGCCAAAGUUUUUCCCCUUUUAAAAGCUACCGUGGGUGUAUCGGGAGUUUUUUGCAUUUUCGGCGGUUCUUCUCUGUUGGCAAGCCUGUUUCUUUAUUUGAUGCUGCCCGAAACUAAAGGCCGCAGCUUGAGUGAAAUUGAGGAUUAUUUUCAAGAAGAUAACAUUUUAUGGACCAGUAGAAGAAAGAAUAAGUUAAAUAAAGCCGAAGAAAAGGGAUUGGAGACUGAAAAAUUAUCCGUUUAAACUGUACUGAUUGCAUAGGUUUAUAAGUAUUUAUAUUUUGAAUAAAAACUACAAAGAAAAAACUACUUUAAAUAGGUUGUAAA